AUGGCGCCCACCAGCGCAGCCAUCACCGGCCUGCUGCGUCAGGUCAUAUACUAUCAUGUCGACCAUCAUACCUACGACAACGCCCUAUUCUUCGCCGAACGCCUGAAUGCCCAGGACCCCAAGUCGAGUGAAUCGGCUUACCUGUUGGCGCUUUGCCAUCUUCGCCUUGGCGAUGCGAGGACUGCCUUCGAGGUCAGCAGGCCGUCUGCCUCUCGGGGCUCCAACCUGGGCGCCGCCUGGAUUUUUGCGCAGGCUUGCCUCAAACUCGAACGAUACAAGGACGGCAUCAACGCGCUGGAAAAAGCGCGAGAGAAGUGGAUUGGCAAGACGAACCUGGGCAAACAUACCACAACAACCCGAUCACUAUAUCCGGACGAAGCUGCGGUUUUGUGUCUGUUAGGGAAGCUGUACCGAGCAUACGACGACCGCCGAAGGGCGAUCGAGUGUUUUGAGAAUGCCGUCAGGGUCAACCCCUUCAUGUGGGACGCUUUCCAGGCUCUUUGCGACAUGGGCGUCAACGUCAGAGUGCCCAACAUCUUCCAGGUCACCGAUCCACUCACCCAUAGCUUCGACCAAGACCCCAGUGUGAUUCUCCAGGAGCCCAAGGAGGGCACAUCAAAUUCGUUCGAACCCAAGAAGCACUCGUCCCGGACUAUGAUGGACUCAUCAGAUCCUUUCAACCUUCACCGAUCCUCGACGUACCAAGACAUGCCCUUUAGUGCCAACGUUUUUGCUGCCGAGGCGGAAGAGAACGACUUCAUGUCAAAAAUCACAGCGGCAAAGGCAAGACUGGCACCUCCAGCCACGGCAAAUGGCGAGUCCGAUCUUAUGGAGACACCCACCGGUCCUGUGUCAAUGCCCGAGGUUCCGACACUGCGUAACUUCGCUGCUGAGCCACCUCAAGCGCCGCCACGGAGAACACGAACGGCGCAGGCCGUGGAGCCAGGCUUCCUGGAAGCACCUCCAAAGAUGAGUUACAGACUAGGUGCCAAGAGAAGCACUAGGAGUCAAGAUAAGGACCAAACCGUCGAGUUGCACUCUGACACCGGCACUGGCCCCGGAAUCUUGCGGACGGCAGCACCCUCGGAACGAAAGAGGACAGUCUCGGGGCACCCUGUUCAGUCACGACAGCAUUCCGAAGAGGUCAGCGCUCCCACGCAAAGGAGGAGCGCAAGGUUAAAUAUGAACAUGUUUCACAAGCCGUCAGUUACCAAGGCGAACUCGGGCGCUGCUACAAUCAGCGGUGGGACUCGUGAGCUGAAGAAGGCUAGACCCCAAAUCUCUCGAAUCAUGCGGCCUGGCUCUAGUGGCUCCAGUGUCGGUAGGGUCGUAAGUGGCAACCGGAAGCCCAUCGAAGAUAACGGCAUGGACGUCGACCACGCCGAGACCACACGAGUACGGGAGCCUCACGCGACCCAGCAUGCUGCGCCAAGAGCUGCUCUUGGGGAGCCCGACAACGUCAAGAUUGAAGAGGCUUUAAAAUGGAUUAUGGACUUGCUCAAGAAGUUCGCCUCUGGCUACUUUGCACUUAAGCAGUUCAGAUGCCAGGAGGCUCUGCAUUCCUACAGCACUUUGCCCCGCAGCCAACAGGAUACACCCUGGGUUCUGGUCCAGAUGGGUAAGGCGCACCACGAGCAAGGCUCGUACAAGGAGGCCGAGAAGUUCUUCAGGAAGCUGCGUGUUGUGGCUCCAACGCGAAUGGAAGAUAUGGAAAUCUACUCAACCAUUCUUUGGCACUUGAAGCGCGAGACAGACCUCUCUUUCCUGGCCCACGAGCUUGUUGAUGCCGACUGGGACUCGCCUCAGGCCUGGUGUGCGUUGGGCAAUGCCUCCUCUCUUUCCCGAGACCACGAACAAGCACUCAAGUGUUUCAAGCGGGCUACGCAACUAGAUCCAGGUUUUGCGUACGCCUUCACUCUGCAAGGUCACGAGCACGUCGCCAAUGAAGAGUAUGAAAAGGCGAUGGCGGCCUUCCGCCGCGCCAUCGCUGCCGACAAACGUCACUACAACGCUUACUUCGGCAUUGGUGGUGUGUACGAGAAGCUGGGCAGCUACGACAAGGCAUACUCACACUUCCACACCGCUUCGAUCAUCAACCCGACCAAUGCUGUUCUCAUCUGUCGCAUAGGAGGGAUUUUGGAGAGGCAGAAGCAGAUUCUUCCGGCGCUCCAGUUCUUCAGCAAGGCUGUGGAGCUAGCGCCCAAGGCUGCGAUGGUCCGGUAUCGGAAAGCCCGCGCACUCAUGCUUCUCAGGCAGAUAGAUGCUGCGGAGAAGGAACUGCUGAUCGUGAAGGACAUGGCACCAGACGAGGCGAUGGUGCAUUUCCUUCUUGGCAGGCUGUACAGGAAUGCCGGGGAGAAGCAGAUGGCUGUGCGCUGCUUCAGCAACGCGCUCGCUCUGGAUCCAAAGGCCAGCGUAUCGAUCAAGGAAGCGAUUGAAAGCCUCGAGGAGGACAUGAGCAUGGAGGACUCGAUGAUGACAUGA